CACAUUACGGCGGAUCGCUUCAUCAAGAAGAGACUGAGCUUAAAACGAAAUACUUGCCAAAGUGAUGACCGUUUUCCCGCCGAACGAUACUAACGUGGAUUCCAGAACAGUCGACGGUGAAUUCACGAACACGAGUGUCAUCAAGAAGAUGAGCGAAUGGAACAAAGUUAUGACGGCUGAAGAGCAUCAAUUUGUGACAAAACUAGAGCAUACGCGAGAGGAACCAAGCGACAGGGAUUCGAAAGUACAAAGCCUCGACGAAGAAGAUAUUUCAUCCAACGAAUGCGAAGUGAAAUCGUCCCAAAACGAAGCGACGACGAAGACAGAGAGCUCCGAUGCCGAUACGAAACCUUCCCACUCGUAUAUAGCUUUGAUUGCCAUGGCUAUUCUGAGUAAACCAAGCAAGAAAGUUCUGCUGGGUGAUAUCUACAGCUACAUCUCAGAAAAUUUCCCUUACUAUCGAAGCAAAGACAAGAGCUGGCGAAACAGCAUUCGACACAAUCUCUCGCUAAACGAAUGCUUCAUAAAAGCUGGACGCAGCGAAAAUGGCAAAGGGAACUACUGGGCUGUGCAUCCGGCAAACGUGGAGGACUUUGCAAACGGGGAUUUUCGUAGAAGAAGAGCAAGACGCAGGGUGAGGAAGAGCCAUUCCUUGUGCACAAGAUACGGAAGCAUCCCAUAUCAACAGCACGCUUUCCUAAACUAUCGCUCGCCUGUGGACCCAUAUCUUGCACCAUCCACGUACUAUCUCACGCCGUUCAAUUUACCGAACUGUGUCCGUAAGAACAAUUUUGGAAUCGAUAGUCUUCUCUCGCCAGCAAGGGUGCCUCUAACGAGCGGACUUCAGAACCCGAUGGAGUAUACUACAUCAGCGUCGAUUUGUCAGUCGGCCAUGAUGAGGGCUGCCUACACGCAAGGUCAGUCUUUUGCGUCGGGAACUCAUCAAGCCUUAUCUUACCCGGCUAUGAUUAACGACAAUCCUAGUGAGAGUUGGCAUGAGACUUGGAAAAAACUGAAAGCGAAAUUUCAAACUUAGAACUUUGAUGAACAUUAUAUGUUAGUUGUAUUGUAGAAGAAAUAAAAGGCGUAUUUAUGAACAAAAUAUAUAUUUUAAGAGAUGAUAUCUCAAACGAUAUACGUGGGUGUCACAAUAGACUGUAAUGGUUCGUGUCUUACUUAACUACCUGCAUGCAUGAAAAAGAAGAUUUUUAACAACAAGUUUAUGACCGUCUGGUCCUUUCACGAAAGCUUCAAAGCGAAGGAUCUUCGAUUGAAAGAAAGCCGGUUUCAUUAAAAAAAAACACUUUUCAAGUAGAUCUGACAAACAACAAAGCGAUUGAAUCGCAUAUCCGCGUUGUAAUCCAAAAGCCGUGUCAUGAAUGUGCAUUUGUGACCGAAAAUUUGAACAAAAAUACCGAGGCUUUCGGUGUUAAAACACGAUACACUAAUUACCCGUCGAUAAAGAUUUUAUCGGAUGAUUCAAGAAUUGAAGAUGAUUUCCAUAAUUUGUUGCCUUGAAUCCAGUCAACGAAACAUUACUCCUGUUCAUCUGCUUUCCUUAGGAACAAAAGAAUUUAAAAACAUCGAAAAUAGAGUCGUUCAAAGAUAAAAUUAUUUCCUCACAUCUCAUUCCUAAUUACGACUGCAUCUAUAAGAACCGAUUAGAAUCUAACUGUGUACAAACUUUCACUUUUCAAAUUCAUGUUUGCAGGCUUUUGGAUUAAACGGAGAAACUUUAAUUAAAGUUUUCGUUAGUAUAUUUAUAUAAGCUGUUUGCCGCGGCAUUUUUCCUCGUUAAGAACUUGAAAUAAGACGGACGAAUGUAUAAAACCUUCAAAGGAGUGAUAUUUUCAAGAGCUUGAUUAUAAAUGAUAUCCUGUUUGCAUAAAAGCCUUGGUAAACAUAUAUAGUCAUAGAUGGCAAUCUUCACUGUAUAAACACUAACUUAAAGUAGAUUAAUCCGGCCUUGUCAUAUAUUUAUUUAGCUUAGUGUCAAAUUAAUGUUAGAAAUGCGCUUACCAAACGCUAAAACGACACACAGAGACACGCGACCAUACAGCGAUACAAAGAUUGUGGCCCGUGUUGAGAAAUAUAUCAAAAUUCGUAUCAAAAUUUUAAAAUAUAUUACAUUUGUACAAUUGUAUGAAAUAUAUAGACACGGGAUGCCGGGAAACUUCUAGACUAGAUAUAUCUAAAUGUAAUUAGUACGGAAAGUCAACACAAUAUGUUUGCUCAAAAAGUUAAGA